AGGCGUGAAAUAACGUGAAGUCACCAAACAAUGGCCGACAAGGAUCUGAAAAAAAUCAGUUCUUCUCCGGCAGAGCAAUUUAAUCCUUUAGAAGAAGAGCUGCAAUUUUAUGAUGCUGUGAGUGCCCAAACGUCUGACCAUGAUGCAGAUAUGAGCCACAGCGAUGAUAAUACAACUGAACAUGAUGGCGACCAAGGAACAAAUUCCCUUGAAGGUUUCCUUGAGGAAUAUUGUGAAGCUGCAGCAGAACAGAUACCAUUUACCCCGCCCUCUAGUUCCAGACUAACAAAGAGAGAAAAAAUCAGAAAUAACAGUGGAAAGAAACAACAGUCAUUCAAGGAUUUUAAAGCAAGUUUAGCCAUGGAUAAAGUAAAGAAACCAAAAACAGUUGUGGGUGUUAUUAAAGAAAGGUAUACUGAAAGUAAUGCAUUAUUAAGUGGACUUCAUUACACUGAUUCUGAUGCUGAUUUAGAAAGAGAUAAUACUCGAGAAGGGAAGGAAAAACGAAGGAAAGAACAGAAUGAAAAAAUGAAGAAUAUAACAAAAUCCAGACAACAUGAGACCUUUAUGAAGCGCCAUUCAGAAGACAUUUCAGGCAUGAGCGAGUACAGCACUUCCAUGGGUAUCAACACUCCAGUGGUUCCAUUGAAAUUGGAAGGGUCAGGCAGGUUUCUGUCCCUUAGUUCUGGAAUAACAUCUAAAAGUUUGCUAUUGUCUCCUUCAUCUUCAGACAGAGGGGGAGAGAGAAGGCAAAUUGCCUCAGCAAAACUUGAGUGCCCUAAGGACAGACAGAUGUUUUAUAAGACUUUCUCUGCACUGAUAAACAUGGGUUCCCAUGGGAAGAAAAAAGAGCAAAAAGAAAAAGACACAAGGAUGUUGGCACAACGACAGCAAAGUUCAGAUGAGAAGCUGUAUAUGAAUUUUGUGUGGAUAGGUUUGCAGGCAUGGUUGAAUGGCUUAAGUCCUAAUGAACAAGAGAAAAUUAUGAAUUUAGAGAGGGAACAAAUUCCAGGGAUUCUUCAGGAAGUUAUGGAAUUUAAAGUGCUAUUAACUCCAUCAAGUAUGAAUAAUUCCGUUAAUCAAGGGAAUUCUGUUUCUGGAAGUUCUAGUGAUGCGAUGAAUCGUGAUAGUGCCUGUAGUGUAGAUACAUGUUUAACAGACAUUUCAGAAACAUAUCAUUCUCUGUCCCUCAGUGGAGAAAUCAUUUCCCAACAACAAGAAGCUGUGAUACAAGUGCAAAAACUUUUAGAACGAUUAGAUAAAUGUGAGCAGUUGUUCCCUACGUCACAUUCGUUUGCCUCAGAAUUUGCACAGUACAAAGACCCUAAAUUUGUUCUGAGGCUUGAGACAUUGAAUUUAUGGUUGAAUACCACGAAAGACUUAUGUCAUAAGAUGAAUGUUUUAGGACAAGUGCUCAAUAGUUCCUCAGUGCCUGACAGCUCUUGGCCAUUUGUAGACUUCAAUAGUCCUAGAGGUAGUGAAUCUUUCGUUUCUGGUCUGCAUAGACAAAGUAUUCCAGAAAUAGUGCAAGGGGAAAGGGAAAGUGAGGGGGAGUUUGAAUCAGACUUGGAUGAGGAAAGUGAAAAUAAUGAGUCGGAUGUUAAUCAGAGUAAUGGAAAUGAGGCCAAAAAAGUUAGUUUUCAGUUUUCUGAACCAAAGAAGGGUCAUAUAUCACCUCAUUCUCCUUUGACUAGUCCAGUACGGGGUCCAAGUCCUAACACAUUUGGCAGCCCACCAGUUUCAUCAACUCCCCUUAAAGGCCCACUGUCCUCAACAUCUCUCUCGAGGGCAUCUAGUGAAGCAAGUUUAGAUGAGUUAGCUAAGGCCUCUAUCUAUAGAACAUAUGUUGACAAGGGCCUGAAGAAAAUGGGCCUGAACAAAAUGUUGAUUCGUCUACGAGAUAUACUGUACAGAUCUUUACGUCGAGCAAGACAGUCAUUGGAACAGCAACAUGGAGAUGCAGAGUCAUCUGCAAAGUCACCGGGAUCGGAUGAGUAUUACAAUCACACUGCUGUGUCACCGAGUCUGGAACUACUUGACAACAAGAUAGUGUAUAAACCAAUGGAAGUUAUCACCCCGGCACAACUGCAGGCUUGGCGAGAUGAGUUUCUGGAGAUUGGGCUCCCAUCUUACCGACCAACCUACAUCUUCCUCCUACAAGUAUUAUUGGAAGUUAUUCAUGAGGCAAUGAAAAUACGGUUAGAACAACUCCAGAAUCCUAUAGGGGAACCAUCAUUUCUCAGUAUUAGACAGCUCAUUAUCGAGUGCAAGGAUGUAUUGGCAAAAGCUGUUCUUGUCAAACAAGACUACCAAUGUAUGAUACAGGCCGUUCUCGAUGAUAAAGAAGUGAAUGAUGAAAGUUCACCGCUUGAUUUGGAACACUUUGACAAUGAUAUGUCAAACAUGUUCAAGAUGUAUUUCCAGUAUUUACAGAGUUGGCUGUAUCAUCUUCAGAAUCUUCCAGAUGCUUCCAGAACCCUGAAAAAUCCUCUCGAGGAGGAGUGGAGUUUUACAAAGAAAAUCUGCCCACAUAUCAUAGGUGGUGAGGCAGAGGCUGGCAAGCGAUUUAGCACAAUGGCAAUCAGUUUGUUGAACUCGAUCUCUGACUUUCUGGAGUCUGGUGUGGAUGAAUGUACGACCAAUCUGUUUGACUGGACAACCAAUGAUAUAUCAGACUCUGAGGAAGGUGAUGGUGAUAGCGAUGACGAUCAUGACACCAGUCAACGAAGGUCAAAAUCAACUAAUUCUCUCAGAACAUCAUUCCAGAAGACGUGUAGAAACUUUAAGAAUUUGUUCCAUGAAGCCAGAGAAAGAGCUUCAAAGGCUCUUGGUUUUGCCAAACUCCUAAGAAAGGAUCUGGAGAUAGCAGCUGAUUUUAAUGUUGCUGUUCCAAUUGCUGAGUUUCUUUUGAAACUAAAGGAAUCUGAUCAUAUCAAUGUGAUAGCUCCAUUAAGUGCUGGUUACCUCAUGUUUAUACCUGCGCGUAUAGCAGAUCACCGGCGACAGAUCAUACAGCUGUUGAAUGUUACAUGUGGACGGGAGGACGUGUCAGUCAGUUCUGAUAUGUCUAAUAGAGAUGAUGGUUACCUGCUGAUGGUGAGAUGUGGUGGUGGAUUAGAUCAGUCCGCAGAAUGUCCCCUAUGGAAUGGUCAGAGCAUACAGGUAGAGCCGACAGCAGAAACUGCCAUUGGUCUUUCACAUAUUCAGGUUGAGUCCUUACUACUUGUUGUGAUACAUUCAUCCCAGUUAGGGAACCAACGUAAGGAGUUUGAACAGCUGAUGGGUAAUACUGUGGAAUUGGUGAAUGAACAAACAUCAUGCCAUCAGGUUAUAGCAGAGUCACUUAUAGAGCUCAAGGAAUCUGCUAUAUCCCUCCGUGAUAAGGUAGCGACUGUGAUACGUCAGGUAGAGGAACACUGGAACUGUGAUAUGGAAAUGGAGGAGAGUGAAAAAAAUCAUAUCCUUAAGUUAUAUCGGGAAACAAUGCUUCAGGCUUACAACUUUGGCUUUGAGUAUAUGAAGGAAGUCACAAGACUUGUAUCUGGGGAGACAAGACACAAACUAGGGCGUGGUCUCAUGCAUUUUGCCAAAGAUUGGAUGAAGUUUGUUUCAGAAAAGUGUGAGAGGGGUCGUGGUAUGAGACCAAGAUGGGCAAAUCAAGGUUUAGAUUUCUUGCUGAUAGCUUGUGAGCCCAAGAUUCUUGCUGUACUGUCUGAGGAAGAAUAUAAGGAUCUUCAGGAAAGUUUAAAUGAAUUUAUCACACACCUUAUUGGCAAUGCUGAGAAAGCUCAGUAUGGAGGUCCACUGCCUAUGCGAGGUUCGAGUGCAGCAGGUGGGGAGAACUACAUUAUGCGUCAACAGUAUAGCCGUUAUCCUUCGUGGCCAGCCCCACACUUUGAAGGGAAGAUUCCUCGAUCUCAAUCAUCCAAAUCUGUGCAGGAAAGUCCCACUAGUCCCCAGUCUGCCCCGGCUGCUUCAUACUCUCCCCUGAGAGUGAUCCAUUCUGUACCAUCCUUGGAUAGUGGGGACAUACCGGAGUCCCCAGGCAACAAGAAACGUUCCUCAGACACGAACCUUGAAGUUGACCUCCAUGAUGGUGAAGACGGUGGUAUAGUUAUGGAAGUCCACAGACGCCAUAGAGGUUCAGAGGGUGCCCUGUGCAGUAGCCACAAUGUGUUCAGUUACAAGCCGCACACACGUAUCGUCACAGCAAUAAAUAAGAUCGAAGAGGAAAGAAAUAAACGCCUCCGAGAACAGCGGGUGGUAGGUUGUGUCACAAAACACAAGGAAGUCAGUUACCAUAUCAACACAAGGAAAGUCAACUUUCAUUGGCAGAAAGGCAAUAAGAUUGGUGAAGGACAGUUUGGCAAGGUAUAUUCUGCUGUAAAUAUGGACAAUGGGGAACUCAUGGCCAUGAAGGAGAUGAAGUUUCCAUCAGCUGAUAUGCAGUACCACUUCAAGGAGAUAAUACAUGAGAUAAAAAUAUUUGAGGGCAUCAAUCAUCCAAAUCUUGUCAGAUACUACGGUGUUGAAGUUCAUAGAACAGAGAUGUUGGUGUUCAUGGAGUAUUGUGAUAGGGGAACUAUAGACGAGGUUUCACGGGUAGGCUUGACAGAAGAUCUGAUACGUAUAUAUACAAAAGAACUGCUGAAAGCAGUACAGGUGCUACAUGAUAAUGGCAUUGUUCAUAGAGAUAUCAAAGGGGCCAAUAUUUUCCUUACAUCGAGUGGUUGUCUCAAGCUUGGGGACUUUGGUUGUUCUGUUAAGUUGAAAAACCAUACUACAAUGGUUGGUGAGGUGAAUUCACUAGUUGGUACUACAGCAUACAUGGCUCCAGAAGUGAUAACCCGCAAUGAUAAGGAAGGUCAUGGUAGAGCUGCUGACAUCUGGAGUGUUGGUUGUGUUGUCAUAGAAAUGGCAUCUGGAAAACGUCCUUGGCAUGAGUUGGAGAGUAACUACCAGAUUAUGUUCAAACUUGGUAUGGGAGAGACUCCGCCAGCCCCGGAGAACCUCGGCGCUGAAGGCAAGGAUUUCCUCUCACAUUGUCUGGAACAGGAACCUGAUAAACGAUGGACAGCAAGUCAGCUCAGAGAUCAUCCAUUUGCAAAGAUUUAUGACCCUGAAGGUGAUGCUGAAGAUACAAAUAACAGUCAGAGUUAAAACAAUAACAGAGUAGUGUUGUACUUGGACAAAAAAAAUACAGAGCUGGAUUGUGUAUUUAAUAAAGCAAGAUGAACUUACAGAGACUGGGGAAAAAACAGGACAAUAAUUGAUGUAACUCUGAUGUUGAAUGAAAUAUGACCGUUUUAGACAAGGUUAAUUAAGUAUUUACUUUGAUAAGCUGUAGGUAAAUAAUUCAUUUCAUGGAAUGUGGGAUAAACACUUCACACAAAAUCCCCACCCCCUGCUCAGUUUGGCCAAGGUGGAUGAAAUCCCCACUUUGAAAGGCUGACACUGCGUUUUGGCAAUGAAUUAAAAAUUAAUCAAGAUAUUCUGAAAAUUUAAAAGUUCCUUUUACAUCCCUCACAGUUAUUCAGAUUGAAAUAGCCAUGCCAUGGGAAAACCAACAUUGUGUCUUUGCAACCAGCAUGGAUCCAGACCAGCCUGCGCAUCCGCGCAGUCAGU